AUGCCCUUGCUGCUCAAGAAGGUCAAGAAAGUCCUUUGUAAAUUCCCUCGUGGGAAGGCAAUCCAGAGCAUUGAGAUCGUUGAGAACAAACCGGAAACACCGGAAAAACAAAAGCCCGUUGAUAAACCGAAACCCCCAGAACCUGAGAAGCCGACGGUGAUUGAGAAAAAACCAGAACCCAAGCCCCCUCCAGUUGUAGUUCUAGUUUCGGUGCCAACACCGGUUGAAAAGCCUAAAUUGGAUCCUUCCAAACCGGACCCCCCAAAAGCCGAUCCACCAAAACAGGAUCCACCGAGAAAAACAAGAUCCAGUUCCAGCUCCAAUGCCACCUGUUGUUGUCCCCACAGCCGGAGCUGGUGA